AUGCUCGAAAAUCCGCAGCAACUCAACGGCGAUGUGGUAGAAGAGCCCGAAGAAUCUGGCGACGAAGAAGAAGGCACCCUCGACUGGACAGACAUUCUAUCAUCAUCCCAGAUUCAGAACGCGACGAAACAGAUUUCGAACCCUCCAUCGUUGAACGUAGUUCCAAUCUCCAACAGUUCAAACGCUCAUCUUCAAUCGAUCUAG